AAAAAGGUCACUGCCAACUCAGGUGUGAAAUUAUGACUAAGGACGAAAGGUGCUACAAAAUGAUUUGUUUAUGUUAUGUGAUGAUUAGAUAACGGUGGAAUACAUAUAAUUAAUAACAUUGAUAAUUAACUUAAAAUUUGAAAUUAUUUUUCUCUAAGAAAAAAAUGGAUAUGUGACUUUUAAUGAUGUUUAACUGUGUGAAAAUGUGACACAUUUUUCAACAACUCAACAACAUGGGUAAAGAUCAAGAUUUCUUACAGGCUGUUAAAGAUAGGGAUAUUUCUCAUUUGCAGAAACUGCUUGCUAAAGCAGGAAAGCAUGGAAAAACAAAGUUACUUGGGUCCAGUAAAAGAAUCAACAUUGACUACCAAGAUAGUGAUGGAAUGUCUGCUUUGCAUCAAGCCGCCUUAGUUGGUAGUUUGGAAAUGAUGGGUAUGCUGUUAGAGCAAGGAGCUUCUGUUGGUCUGUCAGACAAUAAAGGAAUGUUAGCUCUUCACUAUGCUUGUUGGCAAGGGAAAGCAGAACCAGUUCACAUGCUGUUACAGUGGCGAUCCCCAGUCAGUAACCAGUCGUAUGAUGGUGCUACACCUUUACAUCUAGCUUGUCAACAUGGACAUUUUGAUGUGGCAAACUUAUUACUGUUACACAACGCUGUGCCUGCAAUUCUAAACCAUGAGAAUAAAACACCAUUAGAUCUGGCCUGUGAGUUUGGAAGAUAUAGGGUUGUAGAUUUAUUACUGAGAAGUAAUUUAUGUGCUUCUUUGCUGUUUGAAACACCUCUUGAUAUGGUAGAUGGUAAUACUACUUGUUUACAUCUGGCUGCUAAGAAUGGGCAUGUAGAAAUUCUCAGAUUAUUACUGCAAGCUGGUAUGGAUAUAAACAGAUUAACUCAACAGGGAACCUGUCUCCACCAGGCUGCAUUGUGUGGAAAAGUAGAUGUUGCUAAAUUACUUCUUGAUUGUGGUGUAGAUGUAAAUAGGACAAACUCUCAUGGGGAGACUGCCUUAGAUAUAGUGCUAAAAUAUACACCAUGUCGUGCUGCCAAAGAACUCAAACAACUUCUUACAGAAGCUAGUUUUGCUGUACAAGCUAGAGCUAUAAAGGAUUAUUUUAAUGUUUAUGAUCCACAGUCAUUGACGUUUAAAGAAGGAGAUAUAAUACGGGUUUUAGAACAGAGUGAAGGAUUGUGGAAAGGAUGUGUUAUAACAGACGGACGGACAGCUAAAGCUGGAUACUUUCCUCCCGAUCAUGUCGUGCUUAUUGACAAAAGUGCUAUGAUGUCAAGUUAUUCUCCUGGUAAGAAGGUGGGAAUGCCACAAGUACCAGACGUUAUAAGUCGUAACCAACAUGUGUUUUCAUCAGACGAUGGUUUCCCGCCACCUCCACCAUCAGUUUUCUUCCCCCCAGAACGAGACCAUGAUGUGAGGUAUAUAUCACCACACUACAGUUCUUAUGAGAACCUGAAUGGACGAGUGCCUCAAUAUAAUGGAGAAGAUUCUAGAUCACCCGUGCCUUAUCACUUAGUUAAUGAUAUGAAGACUGCUAAUUCUAUCAGUCCUACCAACUCCAACAGAAAUAGUGCUGCCAGCAGUGAUUCAGGGAGAGGCUACAGUACAGGUCAUACAGAACCUAGGUCUCCACAUAAUUAUGUAAAUGUACAGAUAGUAAACCAACACCGUUUAUCUGGUCAGAGUUAUGAGUCUGGAGUAUCAUCACGACAGAGUUAUCACAGUAAUUCUAGUUCUAGUGUAGGAAGUCUUGACAGACUAGAGGAAUCAGGACCCAUUUCUAACAUUAAUGUAGCAGAACUUUUCCAUUCCGGCAUGCAGGACCAUGAGAUAUUGAAGACGUGGUUAAGGGACCUGAGAUAUGAGGAAUAUUUUGGUCUGUUUAUAAAUGCUGGAUAUGAUAUGAGGACAAUUUCUAGGAUGACCCCAGAGGAUCUGACUGCUAUUGGAAUAACUAAACCUGGUCAUCGGAAGAGGUUGAAAGCUGAAAUUGCCAGACUUAACAUCAGCGAUGGCUUACCUGAUUAUAAACCUACUACAGUAGAAGAAUGGCUUCACUUGUUACAUUUAGAGCAGUACUGUAAAACCUUAACUAGUCAAGGCUAUGCUGAUAUGGACAGUGUUACUGAUAUUAGUUGGGAAGAUUUAGAAGAAAUUGGAAUUUCUAAGCUAGGUCAUCAGAAGAAAAUAAUGAUAGCUGUUGAUAGAUUAAAAAGAGUAGUAUCUAAUGCUAAAAGACAAUCCACUGUAGAUGGCAAACGAGGAUCGUCAGAAAUUUUAGAUCCACCACAUAACAAUAUUUCAAAUCGUCAUUCUGGAGAGGCAAUGUAUAAUCAUAGACCUAGAAAAUCUUCUUCAGGAGAAAGUUUGAACAAUAGUGAACAAAUGUAUAAUCAUUCUCCUGCCAGACAGAGAGGUAGUGAUGGUAGCUUGGACUCUUGUUUUUUCCCAAACAGUCCAACUACCAAAGCAUUUCAGCCAGAUGUUGUGGCAAUUCAAGUUAAACGUAAUCAGUCGUCACCUAAUUCUUCUCUGACAAAAGAUAUGGCAGGCCAAACAAUUACGUAUCAAUCUUUUCAAGGACCUUCUAGACGUUCAAAUGAAUUUGAUCGGGAUAGCACACCAACAGAAGAGAUUGAUAAUGGAUAUAGGGCACCACUGCCUAUGGCUCCUAUUGUUCCUAAAGUGCUCAAUAAGCCUAAGCCGGUUGCUAAGAUUGUUGCGAAGGCAAAACGUUCAAGUAAAGAGUACUCACCAGACUUUGUAGAGGCAGAAAAAUUAAAUGAGUAUUUAGAAGAUCAUAUUGAAAAAUCUGUGAUUACAGGAAAUGGAGGCUUUAAACGACAGAAAAGUGACCUUGGAUCAGAGACUGUAUAUGAUUCACCGAAACACUCCCCCUACAAUUCUGGCCUUAAUAACUCUAUGUCUCAGUCUUGUCCACCAGGUGUAAAUGGACCUCUUCAUUCAUCAACACCAAUAAAGAAAGUCCCUCCUCCUCCCCCUCCCAAACGAAGUAAUUCUAUAUCUAAACAGAGCCAAUUAGAAUAUAGUAAACAGAUAUCUCUUGAGAAUUCACCAUAUGCUACAAGUGUGCCAAAAACUGGUAAUAAUUCACCCAAAACUAUUGACAGUUAUUAUGUUCAAAAUUCCAAUAGAAAUUCUGGAGGAAAUUCUCAGAACAAUGUGAGUAAUGUACCGCCAGUCAGUGUUUCAUCAAGUUCAGGGAAUUUUCAGUAUGCUGGUAGUAUACCUAAGUCAGCUGUUCCAAAACUACAACCAAAACCGGUUAUCUCAACAAAGCCUGCUGUUUCGCCUAAACCUAAAAAAUCAGUUAAAGUGGCCUCAGAGACAAACUCCUUUGCUAGUUGUGUACAAAGUCUGUCACAAAAAUUUGGCAGUAAAUGUGGUGAGGUGAUCAGUCCUGAUGAUAUGGUUAAUUCUGAUGGAGAAGAUUUCCCCCCACCUCCCCCACCAAUAGCUAUGGAUAUUAUAACACCUAAACUUCAUAAUUAUGGAAUACCCAGUAAAGAGGAUAUGCACGGUGAAGAAUAUAGACUUCAGUAUCAGAGACAAGUUAGUGCAAAUAGUGUGCAAGGUUCUGAAACAAGAACAUCCACUGGUAGUGCUGUUCAGUCUAUACGGGGAAACCAAGGGCAUGAGUCAGUGGCAAAUAUGUCAGACAAUCAUGGUGUUCAUAACAAUUCAUUUUCUUCGCCUGUUUUAAGAAGUACCUCAUUACGAACAAGUCCGAAUAAGGAGUUGCCAAUACUGUCUCACAUGACAAAAGAUUCUCAUGUUGGGUCUCACGUGCCUGUCUCUUCACACAAUACAUCAUCAUUUAGACGAUAUAAUGGUAGUCUCAGUGAUUCAUCAACUACAAUGAGAUCAGAAGAUAAUGUAGUAAAACAUUUAAAAAGUGUAGGAUCACCUCAGAUUAAACCAAAACCUAGACGAGAAUUUUUAAACCAAGAAAAUCAUGCAUCAGUAGGUGGUAGAGAAAAAACACCACCAUAUGGAACUCUUAGACGGAAUGAUUCUACGUCAAGUCAUGAUUCUAAUAUAUCAACAUCUAGUGUGGAAUCUAAUACCUUACCGUUUGCUAAUGAAAAUGUAGGAACAAUAAAACAACGAGCACCUCCUUCUAAAACAUCUAUAGUGCAAAUUAACGAGGGUGAAAAUGACCUCAAUCCAGCCUUAUUUACUCAGAGGUCUGAAACUAUGACAGCAUCUCUACAAAAAAGGGAUGUCAUUCAUGAACAAACAGGAAGUAACGGUGUAAAUAAAAAUUCAGAAGAUGUUCUAACGGAUAUUGACUUCAUGUUACAAGGAUUAACUGAUGAACUUGAUGCUAUGUUAGAAGAUGAAGCCAUGUGUAAUGGAUGACCUCAAUAUUAACCUUAGUGUCACAUGUCUGUCACAUGUCAUCAGUACUGGUUCCUUGUCUCAUUUCACCUGUGCUUAUUUCUUCAUUGGGUGCUUUACUGAUUACUACCUCCUAAUCAAGUAGUUUUAUGGUCCUGUAAUUUGUCAUCAAUAGUAAUACUACUAGAGAAACAAGAUAGAAAAAGGAGUAUGAUAUGUGUCAAAAUAUCAUAGGCCACAGUGUACUGUAUAGCGGGUUAUUUUCGUGGGUGUAUAAUUUCGCGAUUUUCAUUGAAUAAGGUAUACGAAAAAUUUUGGCGGUUAUUAUUUUGGCGGAUUCAACAUUUUUAACAUUACCUUUGCAUGUACAGUUUUAAAUUGGCAGAAUUUAUUUUGGCAAUUUUGUUCUAUCCGCGAAAAUAAGCGAAAAUUUACACUCCGCGAAAAUAACCCGCUAUACGGUAUGACACAUUAUCAGUGACCAAAACACAUCAUAACAUCAGUGACUACAGUAUAUGUCAAUGACGGUCAAUGAGUGACCACAGUAUAUGUCAAUGACGGUCAAUGAAUGACCACAGUAUAUGUCAAUGACGGUCAAUGAUUGACCACAGUAUAUGUCAAUGACGGUCAAUGAUUGACCACAGUAUAUGAUAUACUAUCGAUGACCACAAUACAUGUCAUAACAACAAUGACAACGAGAGAAGUAAUACCAUUGAUAAGAGAUCUGGAGUCAAUGAAAGAUACAUUACAUUACAUUACUUUAUGUGUAUCUGAAGGAUAUAUUUAAUUCUAAGGUGCUGAACAUAUUCACAUGUUUAAUAUCCUUUAAAAGACAUCACAAAUUUUUAUCAUAAAAGCCUUGUUUUAAAUGACAUAUACCCGGUAUAACGAUCAGACACUGUACAAAUUUUGAUUGUGUUCAUUUUAGUCACUUUCUUGCCUUGGACAAUUAGAUCAUAGAAACUGUGAUUUGUACUAUGUAAAUGAGUUUUGUGAUGUAUGACAAUUAAUUAUCUGGUAGUUAGAUAAGGUAGUGAUCAUAUUUUAGAGCAGAUUUCUUAUUUUGCAGUUUGUAUGUUAAUCUGAAUUAUUAUUAAAACAAGGUGCUCCCUUAUAUUUUAAAGUCUUAUUACGUUAUUGGAAAGACCUGUUUCUAUUUUUCCAUUUACUUUUAGACAUUGGAUAAUUCUUUGUGCAGUGUUAAAGUUAGUUCCAAUGUCAAUUUUAGAAAAAGACAAUAUCAAAGGCUAUUUUUUUUUUUUUAUGAAAUAUAAUGUUUGAAACAAGUCUUAAGUUAUGAGAAAUUAUAUUUGCAAUUAUAGCCUAUUACAGAAAUAUAAAAAUUGUGCUUAGCAUAUAUCUGAACUUACAAACUUGAAUUAGAGACAGACCCUAAUGUCUUACUUUGUGCAAACCUGAUGUACAAAAAUAACUUAAUGAAUAUCUGUUACUAGUACUUGUAAAUGAAUUUUAAAAACUGUUAUUGCACUUACUUCUAAAAGUAAUGUUGCUGUUUAAGUAAAUUUUAUAAUGAAUAAACAUUGUUAGUUUUCUUCCACAAUGGCACAGUAUUGCUCUCAUUGUGAUAUAAUACAUAAUAACAUAUUUUAUGAUUUUGGCAUUUUUCAGGAUUUUAUUUUCUUUGUCAUGCUUUGCACAUUGCUGCAAAAAUCUCUCAAAAUCUUCGCUUUUCUUGCAAGGGUUUAUUCUAUCUAAAGGUGUACAAGUUCAUCACCAUUAUUUAACUUCAAGGAAAUUCCAACAUUACCUCAAAACAAAUCCUGCUUAACCAAAUCUUAACGAAAGAUUUAAUAUUUAUUAAUGGGGAAGAAGAUAUAUGUAACAUAUUAUAUAAUGUUGCAACCAAGCAUAUUCUUCAGUCCAGAUUUGAACACACAAUAAUGACUUUUUAAGAAAUUUUGUUGUGCUUCAUAUUUUAGUUAAUGUAAGUGAAAAGCUAUGAAAAGUGAUGUAGGUCUUAGAUGAAAUUAUUUGGAUAUUCAAACGUUGUGAGAAUGUUAUGAAUAAAGUUUUUGGAAGAAAUAAAAGCAUGAUCAGAAAUUUACAGAUAUAAUUUAGGAGAUUUGUUUGAUUGUACUCAAGUGCCUGUUUAUUUUCUACCUCUUUGAUACUUUAUUUUAAGGGAGGUAAUUCAAUACAAAUACUAUUGUGAUAUGUGGUUGUGUGAUAAUUUUUCUGACAGCUUUUUGUAUUAGAUUGUAAAAUACUUCAAACUUGCACUGUAUAUUUGAACAGUUAAGCCUUAAUGUAGAAAAAAAUACAUAGUAUUAUAAUAUAUAUAAAUGUUCUUGUAGGUUAUCACAUGUCUUCAAUUGUCUAAUUGGCCCUCCUUGGUCCAUAGUAUCAAUUAUGGAAAGUUUAAUUAUUCUUUAAUAAUUCACAGGUAUAGAAAAAGGUUGACUGGUACUUUGAUGGUAUAUAAAAAUAUUUGUUUUGGUCUUAUUGGAUAAGAUGGACAUCAAAUACUGGGAAAAUUAAUAAAGAUACAAUUCUUCUGUCCUAUUUUAAGAAGUAAUUAUAUGUUAAAGGUUUUGUUUUUACAUCAAAUAAAAAAUUUACACAAGAUUAUCUAAAACAAAGAAUGUCAAUCAUUGAUCGUCUGAAUACAAAAUUAUCUUUCUUUUAGAAUUUAGUUUUCGAUUUUUUUGUAGAAUGAAAGAAGGAUAAUUUUAGUAUUCUCGAUGGAAUAUGAGAUCUAUUUAGUUUGUAAAAAAAAUAUAUAUAAAUGGUUGUGACAACUUUGUACUUUCCCACCAACACCUGUUUUUAAGGUGAAAUAUUUAUUAAGUAAAGCUGUUUACAACUUUUAAGUCUCUUCUUUCUCAUUGAAAAUUUUACCACUUUACAGUGAUAUUAUAUUCUGUAAGGACAAAUUGUUUUUGAUCAUUUUCUGUAAAAUAAAUAACAGACCCUAAAGUUUUUUUUGUGCCUUUUAAAGAGUAAAUACCAAGUUUACAACAAAUGUGUUUAUUCUGUACACAGUUUUGUUUUUACAUCAAAUAAAAAAUUUAUGACUUUUGAAAAUAAAACAUAUAAAUUAAGUUUAAUAAAGAUUUUACACUGAUAUAAAUAUACUGUAAAGUUCAUAUAGGUUUCAUGCAAGAAAGAAAAAAUAGCAUUUGAAUAUAAUCAGUAGAAUUAUGAUAAAAAAAAAAGAUGGUGAUAUCUUGGUUAUUUUGAAAGUGUCCUUUUGACAAAUCGUUAACACACGGAAGCUUUCAUAAUGAAGUACUUGUAGUAAAACAAGAUUUUUCAUGUCUUUUUUGUUUUAUUAUUUAACUGUAGUUGGUUCUCAUGAUUGGGUAAUGAGUUUUCUACUACUGUUAAAUGAAUUUCUCUUAAUAUGUUGACAAUAUUUUGUUUAAAGUGGCAUUUCCAGAGAGUUUCUUGAACAAUAAGUUGCUAUUAAUCUGUCCACCAGAUCUUUCAGAAAUUUCAUACAGCAUUUAAACUGUUGUGCUUCAGUUUGUGAAUAUUCAUGAAGAGUGCCUUUGUCAUAUAUUAUAUUAAACAUUGAUUCACUAUGAAGAAAAUCUCUUUGAAUGAGAUAUUUUACUAUAUA